AUGAGCCUCCUGCUGUUCUGCGCGCUGCCCGCCCUGGGCGGCUACGCGAUGCUCUCUGUUUUCUUCUUGCGUCGGCCACGUCUGCUCCACACACCGUGGCCUCGGUCCUUCACUCCCCACCUGGGAGCCCACAGAGGAGGAUCUGGAGAGAAGCUGGAAAAUACUUUGGAGGCCAUGGAGAAUGCCAUGGCCCAGAAAGCCGACCUCAUGGAGCUGGACUGCCAGCUGACCAAGGACGGCGUGGUGUUGGUGUCCCAUGAUAAGAACCUGUUACGCCAGACAGGCUUGAAUAAGGAUACUGACAGCCUGGACUUUAAGGACCUGCCUCCCUACAGGGAGGAGCUAGAGGUUUACUUCUCACCUGGCCGCUUUGCCCAUGGGUCAGACAGGCGCCUAGUGAGCCUGGAGGAUGUGUUCCAGAGGUUCCCAACAAUACCCAUGAGCGUGGAGGUCAAAGAGAAGAAUGAGCAGCUCAUUCACAAGAUAGCAGACCUGGUGAGGCGCUAUGAGCGCAACGACAUCACCAUCUGGGCCUCAGAGAAGAGCUCCAUCAUGAAGAAGUGCAGAGCUGCUAACCCGGAUAUGCCGUUCUCCUUCACGGUGAGCCGUGGAAUCUGGAUGGUGGUGCUCUUCUACCUGGGGCUGCUGCCCUACAUCUCCAUCCCAGAGAGGUUCCUCAUCUCCUUCCUGCCCACCAUCAUCAACAGGACCUACUUCCCAUUUCCCUGUUCUUGGCUGAACCAGUUGGCAGCUUGGGUUUCCAAAUGGCUCAUCAUGAGGAAGAGUCUGAUCCAACACUUGGAGGCGCGAGGGAUACAGGUACUGUUUUGGUGCCUUAAUGAAGAGUCCGAUUUUGAGGUGGCCUUUAACCUGGGAGCCACUGGCGUCAUCACCGACUACCCCACAGCCCUGAGGCGCUACCUAGACAGCCGUGGAGCAACAACCCAGGCCUCCUAA